AUGUCUCUAAACAAGGGUAUUCUCCUUGACAAUUACCAAGAACUCUCCCUCUUUGUUUUCUAUAACUCAAACCAGCUCCUCAGUCUGUACUGUAUUCCUUCCCAUGGUGGUUCCUGUCGUUUCAGCAACGUGGUUUCCUUCAGUGAUGGAGCUCUCGGCAACAACACAGGGACGCCCUACUUCUAUCUCACACCGUUGGAUCCGUCUGCUGCUGACGUGGCAGCCGAUCCUCGCGCCUCAUUGGCUGUCAGCGCCAUGCCUCUUGGAACUUGCGGUGACGCGGACCCGGAAAGCCCAGUCUGUGCCAAGCUGACCCUUUCGGGAGAGCUGCACCGAGUGCUCGACCCCGAAGAGCUUUCAUUCGCCGAACACGCCCUCUUCACUCGACACCCCGAGAUGCAGACUUGGCCCAAGGACCACAACUUUCACGUUUUCAAGCUUGUCCUCGCUAAUGUCUUCCUCAUUAACGGCUUUGGUGGACCCAGGCACAUUACCUUAGAACAGUACUACAGUGCAUCGUCUGACAUUCCAGUAUCGAAGCUUACGGUAUGA